AUGGUGACCGCUAUAGUUAACAAUGAUCCUCCGAGCCAGGUCGUCUAUCAUUACUCCAUUUGCAUCUAUGUCAAGGCUAUUUUCGAUUUAGGCCAGAUGCCAAGGGCGUACAAAGACCCGACUCUCAAUCAACAAUUUCUCAAAUCCAAGAGAUCAUACGAGCCUUCAGGCAUUGGGAAACCUCAACCUUUUGAGCAGUCCGAGCCUUUCUUUUGUUCAGUCACUCAUAUCUGCAACAUUCCAAACCAGGCAUUUUUGAUGCAAUAUACCGGAAACAUGAGCCAAGCCUGGGUCAUUAACUCAUACGCCGCUCGGCAGAUCGUUGCUCUGAAAUAUCAUGAAAUCGGAAAUCCCGUUCACUCCUUAUAUUGGUGCUAUUAUCUCGACCGCACACUCAGUGCUCUUUUCCUCCGCCCCUUUUCAUUACCCGAGCCUCAGAUGUCUCCUGCGGAACUCGUCAUUCCAGAUAAAUCUCUUCCACAUAUGCCGUUAAUACGGAUAUUGCUGGAAUUGGUACGGAUACAAGGCGAUCUUUCCAAUUGUGGGAAAGCAGACAGUACCCAUCAAAUACUCGCCAACCACUCUAAACUACAGGAUAAAAUGGAAACAAUCAAGUCAAGUUUGCAAUCUACGCGCCAAUCUGUCGAUGAUUUUCUAUCCUGUAACUGGGUUGCGGCCGAAUUUUGCUAUUAUGCGAUCCAAGUGGACAUUUUGCACUCACGAUUGAAGUUCUCCUUCUCCCCCUUAGCACACAAAGAAUGCGUAUCAUACGCUCGCAAGUCUCUGAGAGCACUGCAUCAUUUGCAGAAGAAUCCCUCCAAGAGCCCAGGCUUGGUUGACCCAUAUCCGACAUUCUUGACAUGGACUAUAUUUCUCUACCCUCUGAGCCCCUUUUUCGUUCUGUUUUGUAACAUAAUUAGGGAGCUUGAUCAAAACGACUAUAAUCUCAUUCAAGAGAUCACUCAAAGCUUGGCUCCGUUUGUCGCAAGCCCGUACAUCUCCAAGCUGUUGAGGCUGUUGGGGUCCCUUCAAAAAAUCUGUACCCCACUGAUUCAAGCCAAGGAGCGCCUGGGACCGAAGACAAGAGUUGCGCCUUGGUAUCCAUCAAUGACUGGGGUACUGCCAAAUACCUCGGCACCCAUAGAUGACAGCAGCUAUCCGAUAAAUUUUACUUCAUAUUCCGACUCGGUUCCACCUGCGAUGCCACAGAUGCAAGCCCAAGCCCCUGGGGAUCAGGUUUACCCACCGACGGACGAGCUCAUGUGGCAUUUGUUCAAUAGGCAAUUGUCGAUGGAGUGUUUUCAGAAAGACUUUGUUUCACUGGACACGAACGUUAAUGCUAAUUUCUAG